AUUGCGCUUUCCGUUCGGGUGCUCCAGCCCAAUCCAAUCCAUUCUUGGGUUCACCUAACGACGUGCGCCGGCCCACGCCAUCCAUCUCUUUGCUCGCCUCGUCACUCCCCCUCACGAGGGCUGAAGCUACCUUGGCAGAAACGAAGCAUUUGUCAACCUAUUUGAACGCUUUUUGGGUGCAAAUUGAGAUGAUGGCUGCGGAACGGGAGGUGAAUGAGCUUAGUGAGGCAGUUAGAGGGCUGUUUGCGAUAGUGAGAAGGGAAAUGGAUGAAAUCAAAGAAGAGUUGGCAAGGGAGAGGGAGGAGAGGAGAAGGGAGGUGCAGGAGUUGAACUGGCCACGUGUCAUGAAGGAGUUGGCAGCUUGUAAGGAAUGGCAGAACGUUCAAGACAUGAAGCUGAAUAUUGAGCUGGAAAUGAGGGAGAGCGAAGGCGAUCGGAAGAAAGCAUUGAAGGCGAUUAAGGCGGCAUCACAAGCGACCCAGGUUUGCAAAUAUCUGCAACAAGGGGAGGGGAGGGUAUAG